CGUAGCACAGGCAGCGCCGGCGUUGCUCUGCGCAGGACGCCGCGCGUGGAUGCGAGGGCGCCCGUCUGCGUCUGAACGCACAAGGACGUGGACGCGGGAGCAUGUGCGACAGCGCCGGCAAGGUGUUUGUCCCCAGGCCAGCGCCGCUGCUCGCAUUCCGCCCGCCCUGGCCGCUCCCGCGCUGCUCGCAAACCUCCACCGCACACGCUCCCGCUCGCAAAACACUCGCCCAACCCCAAGCGCUACACGUCAACGCAGCCUCCUCCAACCUCAUCCGCCUUCGCAUCAGCCCGCUGCUUCCGCCUCCUCCCUCUCCAACUCGUCCGUGUGGAUCGUCUGUCCAUCGCCUGCUUUCCCGCCGUCAACCAUGUCCUGACCGCCGUCGUGUCCACACUCGCCUCGUACACCCUCCACUCCCCCUCCCCGCCCACGGCCAGAGACGGACAUCCAUCACAGCCACCCACACGCACCCAACGCCCACCUCCUCGAUCACCGCCCACCGCCGCCCGUCCGUUCGACGUCCUGAUCGCGACGCCCGUCCACUCCGGAGACGCGCGCCCGACACAUGGCUUAGCCAGCGAAUCUCACCCCGACUCCGACCCUGACCAGCAUGACCAGACGAGACCUCGUCGCGGAGCGCCAUGGAUCCACGGCGAGCUCGGGCGCCGACAGCUUCAAGAGCACCGACACCGUCAGGAACAUCUUUCACUCCGGAGCCUCGCAGCGGCGAAGAGGCACCCCCGUCAACGUCGACACCGCUCCCAACGAGAGAGCCGCGUCCGACAAGGACGCUGACCUGUCGCCCAGCUCCGCUGCUCCUCACGGCGCUGGUGCGAUCGCCGGCUCGCACCGCGCCAACUCGCUUGCACGCAUCCCUUCGGCUAUUGCACCGUGGGAGAGCGAUGCACCGGCCGGAAACCGUGGCGGCGUGGGCAACCACCGCAAGGAACUGGGGGUGCUCGACACGCCGGGCAGCAGCCGCGCCGGCAGCAGCCAGCGCAUCCCGACCAUCAGUCGCCAGCCUCCGACCGCCUCGACGCCCGUCAGCAACCCCUGGAGCCAGCCGAAUAACGGCUCCAGCGGCGUCUCCAUGCCGUCGAGCAUCUUCGGCAGCUUCUACAACGAUUCGAGCGAGGACCUCAACCAGCUCAGCCCGGGCUUGCGGCCGGGCAGCUCGCAGGAGGACAUGAGCGCGUUCCCGGGCGACGACCGCCGGCCGUCCAUCGCCAGCGCAACCACCGUCAGCAGCAGCAACUCCAAGUCGAGUGUCGGCCGUCAGUUCCAGAAGAAGCUUCAUGGCUUCUUCGGCGACGAUUUUCCCGGCCUCGAGAACGUCAACAAAGGCGCAGAGUCAAGCCCGUCCGGCGCCGCCACGCCGGGCAUCACCGGCGCCGCCUCCCUCUUCGCCCAGAAAGCGCGCAACCGCAAGAACUCGGCCCAAAACAGCAACGCUCUAGACGUCAGCAGGCCCAUCUCGCCCACGGGCUUCUCGAGGCCGCAGACGCCUUCGCACACAAGCGAGGUCACGCCUUGGGAGUUCCAAGAUGUGAGAGGAGGCAAAAAGGAGCUCCCCGGCCCUUCGAACGAAUCGUCAUCAUCGACGCCACGAUCGCGAGGCAAUCAUCACCACCAUCACCGUCUGCACCUUCCGGGCCACCGACACACGCGAAGCAAGGAGGAGCCCAAGACGCAGGACUUCUCCACUGACGUCCCGCUUCGCCCCGUCGUCAGCCGCGAGGAGAGUGGCUCCUCGGCCCGCCGAAAUGACUUCACCUCUGCCUUCCCCUCCGCGAUGAGCUCCAUCUCCAACCUGUCCAUCUCCAACCGACCGACGAGCCCGAGUCCUAGUACGACGAGCGCUAUGAGCCAAAAGUCGCCGCAGUUUCCCCAGAGCGCUGGCGCCGGGGCCGGUGGCGGCAAGAGAAGCCUGCUCGACAAAUUUCGAAGCCGGCACAAAUCCGAAAAGGGCACCGGCGGCACGACGACGCCCACCUCGGACGCGCAGUCAGGCGUGGGCGUUGGAGCAAGCCUGAGGGACCAGCUAGGCUCGAACGUCAGCCUGCAGCAGCCCAAGUACAAGCCCGGCAAGCUUGAGCUGCCCGUUCAAAACGGCAAGAGAAAAGGCAGCGAGAGUGCCGGCACAACAAAGAAGGGCAGCAUCAUUCCGGGAGACCGGCUGACGGGUGGCAAGCAUGCCAGGCUGCCGUUUAUCAGCGCCAAGAAGGAGAGCGUUUCGCAGCCGUCGGGACCGCCGGGCAGGGACCCCAACGAGGUCGGCGGCAGCAGCGAGGAGAGCGGCGCCCUGUGGAACCUGGACACGGACCUCACAUCGAUGGAGGGCAUCAUCUCGACGCAGCGGCCGCCAAUGACGCCUCCGGGAGGUGGCGUCAUUGGCGACAUCUACACCGGAUGGGGCCAGGCCAAGGACAAGCAGCAAGAUGACGGGAAGAAUGACCACGACGCUGACACGGGCACCUGGGACGCCCCAGACUCGUGGGCGGUGAAAAAGGUAGCCGAUGAGAAUCUGAGCCGCAUGAAGGAGCUCGACGAAAACGGCCAGCCUGUCAGCGAGGAGAACGUGGGCCCGCCGUAUUGCGUGCGCAUCUUCCGCGCCGACUCCACGUUCGCCGUCCUCUCCGUCGGCCUGAACACGACGGUGCAGGAGAUCAUCGGCCUGAUCGGCAAGAAGACCUUUCUCCAGGACGAUCUGGAGAACUACCAGAUCGUCAUGCGCAAGCACGACACGUCACGUCAACUCGGCCCCAACGAGCGCCCGCUCGUCCUGCAGAAGCGUCUGCUCGAGCAGGCCGGCUACCAGGAAAGCGAUCGCAUCGAGGACGUCGGACGUGAGGACAACAGUUACCUGUGCCGCUUUACGUUCCUGCCCUCUAAGAUGACGGGCUACUCGUCGCUCGACCGCGACCCUGGUUUCAGCAAGCUGCAGAAGUUUUCCCACAUCGAUUUGCAGGGUCGCAACCUCAUCACCAUUCCCAUCACGCUGUACCAGAAGGCGACAGAGAUCAUCUCGCUCAACCUGUCGCGCAACCUGUCUCUGGACGUGCCAAAGGACUUCAUCCAGGCAUGCACGAACUUGCGCGAGAUCAAGUACACCAGCAACGAGGCGUGGCGCCUGCCGCCCAGCCUGAGCCUGGCCAGCCGACUCACCAUGCUUGACGUGUCCAACAACCGGCUCGAGCAGCUCGAGCACGCGGAACUGCACAAGCUGCAGAGCCUGAUCAGCCUGCGCCUAGCGAACAACAAGAUCCAGUCGCUGCCGCGCAACUUCGGCCAGUACAAGGCUCUGCGGAGUCUGAAUCUGUCCUCGAACAUGCUCAGCAGCUUCCCGGACUACAUGUGCGAGCUCGAGACUCUGGUCGACCUUGACAUCAGCUUCAACGCCAUUUCCGAGCUGCCGCAGAUCGGGAAGCUGAAGAGCCUGGAGCGCCUGUGGGCCACCAACAACAAGCUGUCCGGCCCCUUCCCGUCGUCGGCCGCCAGCCUGUCGAACCUGAGGGAACUGGACGUGCGUUUCAACGCAAUCGACAACAUCGACAUUCUCUCGCAGCUCCCCAAGCUCGAGUACCUCAUGGUGGGCAACAACAACAUCACCAGUUUCGAAGGCACGUUCAGCAAGAUUCGCGUCUUUCACCUGAACAACAACCCCGUCACGCGCUUUGGGUUUGCGACGCCGGUGCCGACCCUUUCAAAUCUUAACAUUGAGCGCGCAAAGCUGGCCGCCCUGCCCGACGACCUGUUCGUCAAGAUGCCAAACCUCACGAGGCUCACGCUGGACAAGAACCACUUCGUCAGCCUGAGCCCACAGAUCGGCAAGCUGACAAAGCUGGAGUACUUCAGCAUGGCGCAAAACAUGCUGUCGAGCCUGCCUCCAGAGAUUGGGCGGCUGACGGAGCUGCGCUACUUGGACCUGAGGGAAAACAAUUUGAGCAGCAUGCCCAGCCAGAUCUGGUUCGCGAGGAAGCUCGAGACGCUCAACCUCUCGUCCAACGUGCUGAGCACGUUCCCUAAGCCAGGCGCGCCGAUGCCCGCACUGCCGGAGAGCCAGCAGGGCACCCCAACGAGCACCCCGGGUCCGGCAGGGCCCCCUUUUGAAGGAGACGAGCUCGGCAGGCUCGAGGACUUCAACGCGAGGAGACCUAGCCAUGCGAGCGCCACGAGCGGCGGCUACCUGAGCGCCAGUCCGAGCAACGGCUCGCGGAAGGGCUCCGUCAGCUCUUCGUACUCGCCGGCGACGAGCAUCGUCGCAAACGGACGGCGACCAAGUGCGGCGACGACGGCCAAGGGCUCCGACGGCACCAUCACACCCGUCUCGCGCAAGGAUUCCAGCCUGAGCAGCCGCAUGCUAACGACCUUUGCCGGAUCGCUCACAAAACUGUAUCUUGCGGACAACCGGCUGCAGGACGAAGUGUUCGACGAACUCGCACUGCUACCGGAGCUGAGGAUCUUGAACCUUAGCUACAACCUGCUGUACGACAUCCCGCCGCGCACGCUGCGGAGGUGGACCCAGCUCACCGAGCUGUAUCUGUCCGGGAACGACUUCACAGCGUUGCCUGCCGAGGAUCUCGAGGAUGUGAGCGGCCUGCGGGUGCUCAUGAUCAACAACAACAAGUUCCAGGUGCUUCCCGCCGAACUAGCCAAGGUUCAGAAGCUGUCCGUCAUGGACGUGGGCAGCAACAUGCUCAAGUACAACGUUUCCAACUGGCCCUACGACUGGAACUGGAACUGGAACCACAAUCUCAAAUUCCUCAACAUGUCCGGCAACAAGAGGCUCGAGAUCAAACCGAGUGGUAACUACCAGCGUGGCCAAAAAGACCUCACCGAUUUUACAAGCCUUCAAAAGCUCAGGGUUCUCGGUCUCAUGGACGUGACGCUCAUGGUGCAGAGCUGGCCAGACCAGACCGAAGACAGACGCGUGCGCACAUCAGGCUCGACGGUUGGCCCGAUGGCGUACGGCAUGGCAGACUAUCUCGGCCGCAACGACCAUCUGUCCACGAUCGACAUGGUCGUCGAUCGUUUUCGCAGCCACGACGACGAAGUCAUCCUCGGCAUGUUCGACGGUCAGCCGAUCCCCACGGGAGGGUCGAAGAUUGCCAAGUAUCUGUACGAGAACUUCAAGAACAAGUUCCUUGGCGAGCUCGAGAAAUUGAGGCCCGAGGAGACGCCGAGCGACGCCAUGAGGCGAACCUAUCUCGCGCUCAACAAGGACAUUGCCGUCGCGGUCCAGGCCGCCGACGAGGCGCGCAACACGGGCCACAGAGGCUCGAUUGCCGGUCUCGAGCUGGGCGUGGACGACCUACAUUCGGGAUGCGUGGCCACGGUCCUGUACCUCAAGGAGAUGGAGCUGUACGUCUCCAACGUCGGCGACGCGACGGCGCUCCUGAUCCAGUCCGAGGGCGGCCACCGGGUCAUCACGCGCAAGCACGACCCGGCCGAUCCGGCCGAGCGGCAGCGCAUACGCGACGCCGGCGCAUUCGUGUCGAGGCACGGCAAACUCAACGACGUGCUCGAAGUUUCGAGAGCGUUUGGCUACAUUCACAUGGCACCUGCCGUCAUCGCCGCCCCACACGUGAGCCAGAUCACGAUUCGGGAAUCGGACGAGAUGGUCUUGAUCGCGUCGAGGGAGCUGUGGAAGUUUCUCUCGCGCGACUUCGUCGUCGACAUGGCUCGCUCGGAGCGGGGCGACCUCAUGCGUGCCGCCCAAAAGAUCCGUGACUUGGCCAUUGCGUUUGGCGCGUCCGACAAGCUGAUGGUCAUGAUCCUCGGCGUCAGCGAUCUGAGAAGGAGGGAGCGUGCCAGAUACAGGACGCACAGCAUGAGCAUGGGACCUUCUGGCGAGGUCAACGACUUCUUCACCACGAAUCGCAAGCGUAGAGGCAGGGAGCAGGUCGGAGAUUCGAAAUUGGCGCGGCUCGAUCAAGAGGUCGAGGCACCGACGGGCGAAGUCACCCUCGUGUUUACCGACAUCAAGAGCUCCACCCUGCUGUGGGAGACUUAUCCCAUCGCCAUGCGCUCGGCCAUCAAGAUGCACAACGACCUCAUGAGACGGCACCUUCGAAUCAUUGGUGGCUACGAGGUCAAGACGGAAGGCGACGCCUUCAUGGUCGCGUUCCCGACGGUGACGAGCGCGCUUCUGUGGUGCUUCACCAUCCAGAUGCAGCUACUAGAAGUGGCCUGGCCGCAGGAGAUCCUCAACAGCGUCACCGGUCAGGAGGUCUGCGACGCCGACGGCAACGUCAUCUUCAAGGGCUUGUCUGUACGGAUGGGCAUCCAUUGGGGCACCCCCGUGUCGGAAGUCGACCCGGUCACCAAGCGCAUGGAUUACUUCGGCCCGAUGGUCAAUCGCGCCAGCAGAAUCUCGUCCGUGGCCGACGGUGGGCAGAUCACCGUCUCGUCGGACUUUAUUGCUGAAGUUCAGCGCCUGCUCGAGACACACAUGGAGUCCGACCGCACCCCAAGUACAGGUUCGGACGAUGCCAUGGAGCAAGACGUCAUUUCUCAGGCAAUCCGACGCGAGCUGCGAGCACUCAUGUCGCAGGGGUUUGAGGUCAAAGAUUUGGGCGAGCGUCGCCUCAAGGGCCUGGAAAAUCCAGAAUACAUCUACCUCAUGUAUCCCCACGCUCUGGCAUCGCGUAUGACGGUGCAGCAACAACACGCUGAAGCGCAGGCGGCCCUCCAGCAGACUGGUGUCACGCAAGUGCGAGAAUCACAACUCACCAUCGAUCUGGACAACGUGUGGGACCUUUGGAACGUGAGCCUGAGGCUUGAAAUGCUUUGUUCGACACUGGAGUGCCCUGGCAGCACAAGUUUGAAACCGCCAGAGACGGCUCUCUUGGAGCGUAUGAAAGAAAGGGGUGGGGAGGUGACGGACCGGUUCCUGAUAAACUUUGUCGAGCAUCAAGUUUCGAGAAUCGAGUCAUGUAUCACCACCCUUGCUCUGCGAAACAUGGUGCGUCCCUUCAAGUACGGCAUGUUGAGCCAGGCGUGCCCUAUGGACGAGGUGCUUGGUGCUCUCGCCGAUCAACUGAACGAGCUAAAGAUUCUCAAGGAGAGUGUGGGCUUUGAAAUGUCUCCUUCGUGAUACAUCAACCUUGUUUUUGGGACGGGAAGGACCUGUUUGGUUUUUUUUUUUUUAAAAAAAAAAAAAAAAAUAUGGUACCGCUUCAAGGCGGCCCCCGAAGCGGGCGCACGUGGCAUAUGAUAUUCCACCUGCCCAGCAGUCGCUUACCGUGCGAUUACAUCGACACCCUGCCUAUCUAAGAUACUUUGACGCCUUUUUGUAUACAUCUGUUGAAAGAGCCCGGGCAUGACAUGCAGAGAACUCCUGUGGGACCUGGGAAAAAAGUCCCUACGUGCUGAUGAUUGCGAUCACGACCUCCUUUCUAUUGUGGCGUUCCUGUUACGAAACCCCUCCCCAUUUGUCAAGCGCGUGUGAGCGCGUGCAUCUUGGUACCUUCACUUGGCAGAGAAGGAAUUGGAAAGAUACCUAUUGUUUUAUUAAAGGUAGCCACGGCAUUGUAUCGUGCUGCAUGUGUAUGUGUGUGUGCAUAACACCUUUGGAUGGCUCGGUCUUAGCUACACGUAUAAACCUACACGUCGCUUUUGACGCCAGCAGAAUCAAGAUCACGUAUAUAUAUCUUUUUUCGA